AGCAUAGAGGAGUGUGCACGAGUGCUCAGCGAAAAUCUUCAGGAUACGUUCAAACGGGUAACAAAGACGUUCCUUUUACAUUCAUCUUUACAGCUUUAUUCCGAAUUUGUCGAACCGGAGCUGUUCGACCCGAGACAAGAGUUAAAACGGAGCAAAGUCGCCAUUGAGAACUACUUGCGACGACGAGCUGAGUUCGCCUACAAGGCAAAAGUAUCUCUCGAAGUUCGGGAAGUGGUAAACGCCAGCGAUGAGGAAGUGAACGAUCCGAACUCGAAGGAUUUCAUCCGAUUUAUGUCUGCCAAGCAGGGCAAUGAUGCCACCACCAUAUACGUGCACGAUCAUUCCCUUCGAAAAACAAAGGUCAACGAGACGCGCAACUUCUCGCUUGUCGCCAACGCCAACUUCUACAGUCUCCCAACUUCUUCAAUAGCGUCAGCUGUUCAUUUACCGACUCCACUCUAUGACAGAAAUCCAGAACUAUUACGAAAAAUCCAAUGGUCUGAAAUUGAUGAAGUCUAUCGCACUCAACGUGAAGAGACCCGUGACCUUGCAUUUCAGCUGUUCUGCUCGGAAAGUGGUUAUAUGCGUUUUUUUCCAGCUGCAUCUUGGUUCUGGGAUAACCAUGAAGACCAUCUUGAUCUGUUUGAUUGUCGGAAUACUCAAUGGUAUAUAAACGCGGCGACAAACUCGAAGAACGUGCUGAUUAUGCUGGACAUGUCGGGAUCGAUGCUCGGACAGCGCUACGAGAUCGCCAAACAGACCACUGAGGCUAUUUUGGAAACGUUAUCUCACAACGACUACUUCAACAUAAUGCCGUUUUCUAAAACGCCGUUCUUCCUUGAUGAUUGCAAUGGUAAAAAUGGUCUUCUACAGGCGACGAUGCGAAACAAAAAGGAUCUCCGUAAUAAAAUGAAUAAUGUGACAAGCGAAGGUAAAGCUGAAUACGAAAAAGCCCUAACACAUGCCUUCACCACUCUGCUGAACAUCAAUUCGCCUGGUGGCACGCCCAACCAGGGCUGUGAAAAUGUCAUCAUGCUCAUCACCGAUGGCGCACCCAAUGUCUAUAAGGAAAUAUUCGACCUAUACAACAAGGAUAAAAAGGUACGGUUUUUCUCAUUUCUCAUCGGGGAAGAGGCCAUCGACUUUGAGCAAGUGAAAACAAUGGCAUGCACCAAUCGCGGUUAUAUGGUCCACGUACAGAAUAUGGCUGAUGUUGAGGAUAAAGUUCAAUACUACAUCCGAACAAUGUCACGAUCAAUUGGUCAGCACACCGCCGACAUUCACAUAGACGGUGCGCUAUGGAGUGGCGUAUAUCGCGAGAGGCUGUAUCUUCCACGUCCGGAAAUCUUUGCGGAGCCGGUUCCAAUAACCAAUCAGUCAAAAACUCGUCUUCAAAAGACGGAGGCUCGUGGACGAAUGUUCGUGACGACGGUUUCGUUCCCGGUGAUCGUGAAUCGGACGUUUAUGGGUGUCGCUGCUGUGAACACUCCUCUCACUGAACUCAAUCAACAGGCUCAUCCUAGUAACAUCGGUGGUCGCAGUUAUUUCUUCAUGCUUGACCAGAACGGUUUCGUUAUGUUCCACCCACAGUUGCGGCCAAUUGAUCCAAAAAGUCGGUCGCACAAACAGAAUUAUAACAACAUGGAUCUGCUCGAGCUCGAAGUGCCACAAACACAGCAGAUUCGACUUUCGCAAGACAAGGAGGAGAUCUCCGACCUGUAUUGCGACCAGGGGACAACGUUUGCCGAAUGCAUCGGACAUAUUCGAGACUUCGUGCGAAAGAUGGUGUUGAACUGCGACAAUAGUGAUCCACAACUGCUCGACGUGCUCUACGGCACUGAAGCGCUAGAUCGUGUCUAUCCGCAGACCAACGUUUACUAUUCCGAAUGUAUCAAGGGCGCAAACUUCGUACUCGGCCUGGCGGUGGCGAAAGGUGACGAACACAGAUGGCGACCGAAAAGUCGAACUUAUGACUACAGUCACGUACAACCGGGGUGGAUGAGCGAUAAGCAGUGGAGAAUUCACCCACACUGGCGCUACUGCUUGUUGAAUGACACCGACACGAACGUAACGAAAGAGGAGGCGUUUGUAGUGUACGCAGACCAAAUGAGGCACAGCGGCAAACUGCCAGCGCUAUGUCAGCCGCGAGAGCAACUAGUCAACAAGCUGCUAGUCGAUCUUGAGGCAACAAGUGCUCUUCAAGACAGUUGGGAUCAACAGUGGCAGUUCCUUAAAGAUAACUUGAUUCAUCUGGUGUUCUUUACUGCUCCAUCUGGUUUGAUUCGAUUUUACAACCAAACGUUGGACGACUAUGAUUACGAGGAUCCAAACUGGAGCAUAUUUGAUCAUAUUGGUGCUAUGUUAAGCAUAGAACACGUACAAGAGAGCUACAACCACUUCAUCACGGAUUUGAAUAGGAAGUCGGUCGACGACACCUAUUAUCGACGGAGUGUUCGUAUGAGGAACCACAUUGUGUUUGAUGUAUCAAAUAAAUCAAAGAUCUGGUACAAGUCCGAGACACAGCUGACAGGCUACGGAUUAAAUGAAAAUCUUACAAUGCUGGCCCAGGGAACGAAGGCAAUCUAUCUGGGGAACGCUCUGCUUGGAGUAGCUGGCUUUGAGUUCGCUUACGAUUAUGUCGUCAAUCUAAUGGGUGAGCAUGGCUGUGCACCUUCCGAUGACAGACGAUGGUGUGUACUACUUGACGAACAUGGCUACGUCUUCUAUAGUAAUCAAAGAGACAUAUCGUAUGAGAACUAUCUAGAGGUCUGUAAACAUAUCAGUCAAUGGUUUGGUGGCAUCAAUCGAGUAUCUCAACGUGCUAUGUCCCUACUAGUCGAGAAACGCUUUUACCUCAAAGUCAAGUAUACGGACCAUCAAGCAACGUGCAAAGAAAGAAAGUUUGUUGUAAUGUCAGCAAACACCUUGAAGGUGGGCAUCCGAUUUUGUCCUUACAAACUAAUUAGAAGCAACCUUGAACGCAUUUUUUUUGCUAGAUUAUAUAAUCUGUUCUUGAAAAUACGAAAAUCCUAUACGGCGUCUUUCCAUGACGGAACCGAUGGCUUUCCCUGCUCGAAACAGUCUUACUUCUACUUGUCCAAUACCGAUGGCAGAUCUCGUCCGCAGAGCACAAGUUUGGUGGACAUGAAUCGCUCCGAUCGACCAUGCACAUUCAAUUCAGCAAAAUGCUCAGUGAAAAUGCAAGCGGCCUUCGUCGAAGGCACAAAUCUUGUAAUGGUUUGGAUUGUGCAGGAUAAAACGUCGGACAACUGUUACGACGAGACGCAAUGUCCUAAGGUGGAGCCGUCUGAGGUGCCGUUUGGAUUCGAGCCACUGGAACCUUCAGAUCCAUCGGAGAAAUGCGAUGGCAUUCCUCAUCGAAAACCAUCUCGAUCGAACUCAAUGUGCUAUAUCGUCCUCCAUGAGGUGAGAAAUACUUGA